CGCGCAGCUCAGUGUUCCUGUGAUCACGCCUAGAGGACCGAGAGUCACACGAUCAUCUGUACGAUCACCGCUUUACUCUCCAUUUUCAGCGCAUUUAUUCUUGAUAUCUCUAAGCAUUCACUCUUAAGAGGAUGUUAAAUAAACUGAAGGCUUGUCUCUAAGGAAUAAGUGAUGGAGAGGGUCUGGGGUGGCCGGUGCUGUCAGACAGGUGCAGCGUAAUCUCAGAAGCGUUGGAUCCAGCCUCUCACAUCCAAACCCACCUUAUGGCCUCCAUGUACCCGCCAUCAUUAGAGGAAUCAGCUGAGGUGAAGGAGGGCUUCCUGUGCCCACUCUGUUUGAAAGACCUUCAGUCGUUCUACCAGCUACAAGACCAUUAUGAAGAGGAACACUCCGGAGACAACCGGCACGUCAGUGGCCAGCUGAAAAGCCUGGUGCAAAAGGCAAAGAAAGCCAAAGACAAGCUGUUAAAGCGGGAUGGAGAUGAGCGGACAGACAGCAGCUAUGAGUCAUUUUAUUAUGGAGGAGUGGACCCGUACAUGUGGGAGCCGCAGGAGCUCGGAGCCACCCGCAGUCACUUGGAUUCUUUCAAGAAGCAAAGAGCUGCAAGAAUCGACCAUUAUGUUAUUGAGGUCAACAAAUGCAUUAUACGACUGGAAAAGCUAACCUCCUUUGACAGAACCAGCAUGGAUGCAGCGCAAAUAAGAUCACUUGAGAAAUCGGUGGUAUCAUGGGUGAAUGACCAGGAUGUGCCAUUUUGCCCUGAUUGUGGGGGAAAAUUCAACAUCCGUAACCGCCGCCACCAUUGCCGACUCUGUGGUUCCAUUAUGUGCAGAAAGUGCACACAGUUUGUGCCCCUGCCACUGGCAUACAAAUUAACCAGUGGAACCAGGGAGGCGCUGUGGGCUCCGGGCCAGAGUGGCUCUCCAGGAAGCACAGGCCCGGUGGUGCAGCAGACUCUUCGCCGCGGCUCCAUUAGCAGCAUCUCGUCCGUCACCUCUGUGUUGGAGGAGAAAGAUGAGGACCGUGUGCGCUGUUGCCGUCACUGCAUGGACGUACUGCUCCGGCACCAGCGCAAACUGGAGGAAAAAGACCACGUGCCUGAUAUCGUCAAACUCUAUGAGAGAUUAAGGACGUGUAUGGAGAAAGUUGAAGCUAAGGCUCCAGAAUACACUCGCAUGGCAGAGUCGCUCAAUGCUGGGGAGACGACCUAUAGUCUAGAGAAUGCUGCUGGACUGAGGAUGGAAAUACAGAAAUACUACGAGCUCAUUGAUGUUCUGAGUAAGAAGAUACUCACACUCGGGCUGAAAGAAGAGGUCCAGCCUCACCCGAAAGCCCUGCAGCUGCAGAGGAUGGUGCGCUACACAGCUACGCUCUUUAUACAGGAGAAACUGUUGGGUCUGACAUCCCUCCCCACAAAGGAGAAACAUGAGGAGCUUAAAGAGAAGAGAAGAGAGGAGCUGGAGAAAAGAGCUCAGCAGGAGAGACAGGCAGGCCUGGAGUCACAAAAACGUCGACUGGAAAAUGAAAAGAACAGACCGACCCUCAGUGCAAAUGGGGAUAUUCCCGGUCCACGCGUGACCAAAGCUGCAGGCUGGCUGCCACAAUCAGACUCUCUUCAUACUCGCUCAGAGCUGGACGACCCUCUGCUGCAGCAGAUCAAAAACAUCGAGUCUUUCUUGCGGCAGGCGCGCUCCGCCAACCGCACCGAUGAAGUGGCCAUGCUGGAGGAGAACCUGCGGCAGCUUCAGGACGAGUUUGACGCUCAACAGACCAGUCGAGCCAUCCGACUUUCACAGAGGUUGGCCGAGGAGACGGACCUUCAGCAGAGCCAGAUCGAACAUCUACAGCAAAGAGAGCUGGAGCACAGAGCCCACACUAAAACCUCCUCCUCAGACUUAAGAGACCAAAAGAGAGAAGAGGAGGAAGGUGAACGUUUGAUCGGAAGCCCUGAGUCUUUCUCACGUCUGUUAGGAAACUCUCCUCCCUUGGACAGACAGAGAGAAAAACAUACACCGACUCAACCAGCCAGAAACCCCUUCGAAGAGGAGCACUUCUCUCCAGUUGAGGAGAAACCAACAAACUCUCAGACGGCCAAUGGAAAGAAAGAGUACAACCCAUUUGAGGAAGAGGAUGACGAAACUGAAGAUCCAGAUACAGGUAAAGCGAAGUCGCCUAGAAAUCCCUUUGAAGAUGAAGAUUGUGAAGAUGGAGGGAAUCCUUUUAAAGAGGUUUCUGAUGAAAUUCCAGCUACGUCGACCAAUCCGUUUGAUGAAGAUGACGAUGAGGAUGGCAUGGCAAUUGACGACACGAUUGAGGAAGAGCUGCUGCUACAACAGAUUGAUAAUAUCCGGGCGUAUAUCUUUGAUGCCAAGCUAAGCGGACGUUCUGAUGAAGUGGAGCUUUUGUCGGAGAACCUGAAGGAGCUGCAACGCACACUACAAGAGCAGAAAAGAAAAAAAUAGCGGCCGACGCAGACUUGUUUUGCAACUGACAAGGCUUGUUUUCAGUUACAAACAUACACUGAUGCACUAGACAAAAAUGUAAAACAAAUGAGAAUUUUCUGUGCAAGAAUAGUCGUAGAAACACAAAGACAGAGAAUUGUAAUCAAAUUGCAUUGACUUAAAUUUGCAAUUUAAUAAAUUCUAAAAAAAAAAAAAAA